AUGGCGUCCGCUACUGUAAUCGCCGGCAACGACCAGAUAUUGAUAGAAAUGCUUCUCCGCCUCCCCAUAAAAUCCCUAAUCAAAUUCAAAUCGGUAAGCAAGAACUGGCACGUUUUAAUCUCCGCUCCUUAUUUCUCUCAACUCCACACUCUCCGCCACCAACUCCACCGUCCCAAUACCCCGCCGCAAUCGAGGAAAAUAGCGCUAUACAGCGAUGAAAAGAAUGCAGGUACAACUGUUCUGGGACUUAGCUUAGCCUUCGAUCCUUCAGAAUCACCCUAUUAUAAGGUUGUUUGCCUGAGGACUACGGAAUAUUCGAUGUAUUCGUAUCAGAUUGAAGUGUAUGAUUCCAAGACUUGCACAUGGAACCGCUGGGGGGAUUUUGUGCUUCCAUAUGACACGAAAUUCUGCAAUGGGGUUUACUGGAAAAAUUGCAUUUAUUGGAUUAGACCGACUGGAGAAUUGUUUCACUUUAAUCGCCAAUAUGGCACUCUUGAAAAGCGAACUGGUGCUCUCCCCGGUUCCAUCAGGGCAUAUUUGGCAGGAAGCGAGACUUUCCUCACAGAAUCAAAUGGCCAUCUGCACAUGAUGCUUUUGCUGUCUGAAGCGAAAUUUUUAUCGGUUUGGGAGAUGCGGAUGGACAAACAUGGUUGGUUUCUCAAGUACAGUGUCGAUCUGAUUACAAUUCCAGCUGCAUUUGCUGUGAUCAGCGGUAAAGCGGUUAGUGUUCUGGAUAUCAUUAGAGGAGAGUGUGAAAAUGAUUCCACCCUGGUGUUCCAUGUGUCGGGCAAGAUUAUGGCUUACAGGUUUUGUACCAAGAGUUUUGAGGUGCUUGUAGACUUGCGAACAGAGGAAUUUUACCAACCGGGUUCAUUGCAAUUUGGAUGUUCUGAUGCUUACCAAUUCAUCGAGACGCUAGCACCCGUCUGA